AUGCCAUGGCCUAAGGGCAAAUACCCUCCCGGCCAACCCUUGGUAUUCGAGUCGAAUGGCGAAGACCAACCGCUGGACUGUCGCGAACUGGCGCAUUGGGCAGACGGGACCCUGAAAUGGACGGCGCAUUCACUCAGCAAGCACAUCGGCUAUAAUAGCGGUUAUUACCGUCAAGGCCGCAACCGAGCAGGCCGGAGUGCACGUGCGCUUCCCGACCCAGGGAGGGCCGUCACCCUUGCCGAUGCGUACUGUCUGUCUUAUAUUCCCGCCUGGAAUGACUACACCCUCAGCCAGUUGUCGUCCGAUGGGUUUACACUGAAGAACGGGUGCCGGGGUAGUCGGCGGCGCGGAACCGGCUGUUCAGGCUACUGGAGGGGAUCGCUGCGCUGGAAUACGGAAUCGCGACGAAAACGAUCCUGCUCUACACGCAGACAGGCGAGGUGCGCACUCUGCGCGGCGCCCACUCUGGCGUACGCCAUCUCCCAUCUGUCCAUGCUGUUCGGGUUCCCCGAGCUCGUGGCCGAGCUUGCCGAUUACGCGGAGCGCGAACACGCUUCCACGGUAUCUGCAUGCUUGAGAGCUUACCUGGCCUACGGUCGGGCGUAUAACGGGGGCCCCGACGCCCAGCGCGAGGAGUACGGCUUCGCGUUUCCGCCAACAGCAGCCUGGCGCCAGUACCUCGAGACGGACGGCUACACAGAGGACCACGCGUGGACGGUGGCGUGCACGACGGCGCCGACGCAUUUCGCGGACGGCGAGGAGGCGCGCGUGCGCGAGUAUCUGGAUUGA